AUGACACAACGACGGUCUAGGCGGCUGUUUUCCCAGACUGAGAACAGCUAUGAGUCUCGCAUCCAAUACCUAGAGGAGGUUGUUCACAUCCUAGUGGCUGGAUCAAACUCGACUUGCUUUCCUCUUUUCUCUACAACUCCUCUUGCCAGCUCGUUCCGGUAUUCAAUCAAACGAGGCCUUGAGCCAGUUCUACCUGACAAGACGGCGAUUUCUCUAGCUGCGGAUUGGCGGAUUGGACGACCAAUAAGACAGAAAUUUUUUAGUUCCCCGCCUCGUCGUCAAAAUCGACUGAUUACCACCUGCGAUACAUCCUUGCACCCAGCCAGGGUACCAUCGCCGACACCCCCUACUUCUUUAACAAACCCCGCUUCACCAACGACCUUCGGCGUUGCCAAUAGUGCUAACACCGCCAAGAGCUCACUCACCUCCGAUCUGGCGAACAAGCCAACUGGCUUCUCCCCUCUUGAUAGCCCAUACUCUCCACUGGCCUCUGUGCGGUUAUUAGAUGAAAGACCGGCCGAUACCACCUCGUUUUUGCCAGAAGAAGCACUGUCUCCUUCUCCGACACCACCAUACUCGCCAUCAACUUACCCAUCAAUCACCCAAACUCCAUCUCCAGACUCAGCCAGGUCGUCGUCACCAGCACCACCACAAUUGACACCGACGACGCCCUCUGACCCCCCGCCGCAUUGCCAGAAGCGACCAAUUGACAUCCAGCGUGCGUCUGCACUCUCAAUCAGCUCAUCAUCACCGGCGUUGCCGCCAUUAAGAUCGUCUACAACCCCUACAAACUCGGCGCUAUCCUCUUCUAGACUCCCACUCCAUGAUUGUAUGAAGUCAACCAAAGCGGAAGACACUUCUGUCACCUGUUCUCCGGCUUCAAAAAUAUCCAAGUCGGUUUCACCAGCGCCGCUACCAUUGAGAUCGACGACGCCCUCUACACCCUUGGCAACUCUGUACCCUUUAAAUUCUAAGAUCAAUCUACACUCGGCUACUGAUUCUUCCCCUCUCACAUCGACAUCCGACUCAAUGGAGACCUUGGCUUUGCUCAUGCCCUCUGAAGCCCAUGCCUCACAUGCUAUCACCCUCACUCAGCGGUCUAAUAGCGCGAACGUCGCUGAGCCUAACGAUUUUUUAACCCUUGACAAUACUCCUGCUACUCCUACCGCGAUCAUUGAUGUGAAUCCUGAUCCGACUACUGAUACAGCCACUACUUCUGCGGCAUCAAGCCCCCAUGACCAUCAACUCACUUCCAUUCCUGUUACUGAUGGUACAAUCGGCCCAACUUCUCUUUCCUCUUUGAAGUUGAUCAACAACAACGACAAUCAGGACAAUUUCUUACCAACUACAAAUCUAGCCCAAUCCUUAACUGACACUAUUGAUGACACCACCACCCCCCUUCCUGUCACAUCUCCUGUCAAUCCCACUCUUCCUUUGCCUGACUGCUCAACCCCAAUCUGUCCAACUGCCCCAGCCUGUCCUGCCAAACUUGAGAUAGCUGGAAUAGGAUCCCUAACUGUUGAGAAUGAUGACAGCAAUUCUACGGAUGCCCAACUAGCCCCAGAAUAUUCACGCACAACUCUAGAAUACUACAAUGACAUCGACAAUUACCUCAAACUCUCUGGUGUAAAUGAAACCAAAAAGAAGAAGAAGAAAAAGAAGAAGACCACUAAUUCUGGAUCCAACUCCUCCACUACCUCAUCUGCCCAACCUAGUGACACCCUCAAUACCCCUGAACACUUAUUGCCAUCACUACCUGUUGACGUACCAGCGGCUGCCUUAGGGGCCUUACGGUGA